CCAGAGCUAAGUUGGCUGUUCGAGGGGGAGCUCGUGAAGCCCUCCAGUUACUGUCAGAUCGACAUGCAACCGGAGGGUUUGAGCCGAUUGACUCUGGUUAGCGCUUAUCCCGAAGAAGCUGGAGUCUAUUCUCUGCUUGCCACCAAUCCGAUCGGCCAAGUGGCGGCCCAGGCUCGAGUUACUGUGCUCAGCCGAGCUGAGCAGCAGCAUCCUCCUCGUUUCAUCAUUCCGCUUCCUUCCGAAGGUGUCCGCUCCGAUGAGGGCUCUCCAUUCGCCAUAGAGGUUGAAGUCGAGGGUAUUCCAAUGCCCACUGUUACUUGGCUCCAAGAUGAUCGACCGUUGGCCGAAAAGGCGGGAUGGGAGCCGCUUGGUAACUGCUUCUUCUUCUGCCGUCUUACCACAAUUUGGCCGUAUCUCAUGUCUGCAACAUGGGACAGAGCAGGUUAUCAUCAAUUUAACCAGUGGGUUGAUAUCAUCAACCAAUAUAUUCUCAAUGUCGGAGCCGAUGCAGUUUUCAAUAAUUGCAUUAUUGAUAUUUUAAAUAUUUCGCUAAUGCAAUUUCCUCCAGGCAGAACACUUGAGAAAGCUCUGCGGAUGCGUCAAUUCACGUGA